AUGGCACUAGAGCCCUUCCACGAUCCGUGGUGGCUACCAACCCAGCUCCCAGAGCUGGACGCCGAUGAUGGCGACUUUUGCGACUAUACUCCCCUCCCGAAACCUGGCACCUCUCAGCUCGAUAUGCUUUUUUGGGCGGAGAGCAUCCAGCUGCUGCGUUUCGGCGGGCUCCGCGCCCACGAGUCCCGGAUCCUGCAAGAGGUCGAGCCGUACACGCCGCGCCCGGCGAUGCCUGAGGGCCUUUCGGGGUACGGGAGCGCGGAUUCUAGUGAGAACGAGGAGGACACGAGCGGAGCGUCUACGAGCGGCGACGACAGCGAUGAUUACAGCAUCGACGACGAGCAAGGCGGGGCCUCCUUGUUUCCCACCCACAAGAUGCCGACCGUCACGCCGCGCCCGUGGAUGGAACGGGACUUCGUGGAAGUGGACGAGACCAAAUGGUUCAAAAUCUUCCGAAGGGAAAGGUGGGCGAGCUAUUCUAACCCGAAUCCCAAGCAGCUGUCGGUCGAUAUCGGCAAUGACAAGGACUGGACGAAGUUGAGCAGGGUCAUAGAGAUCGCGAACCGGAUCCUUAGCGAGGCUGUGGACCAGGAGUGGUGA